AUGACUGAAGAAUCUAUGCUCAAAGACGGCGCUCUUAAAGAUAGAGUUUCUGGAAUUGAUGAUAAUUUCGGAGAUGAGACUUCUGGAGACGAUGAGUCUAAAGAUGUUCAGUCUAGAGAUGUUCAGUCUGGAGACGAUGAUAAUUCUGGAGACGAUGAUAAUUCUGGAGACGAUGAUAAUUCUGGAGACGAUGAUAAUUCUGGAGACGAUGAUAAUUCUGGAGACGAUGAUAAUUCUGGAGACGAUGACGAGGCUGGAGACAAUAAUCCCAGAGAGGAUGAUGCCACCGUCGUAUCAAGAAGCAACUGCAGCCUCGGAAAAUAUUGCUGA